AUGUUCUCUCGCCUUUCGAAGAAGGCUAUUCUGGCCCUCUCAUUGUUGUCAGUUGGUACUUCAGCUGCCCGAGUCCGUUUACAAUCUCGUCAACUACCAAAUGAUGGCAUAGUCCGUGGUGUAAAUCUCGGUGGCUGGUUUGUUCUUGAGCCGUGGAUAACACCGUCCUUGUUUGACGAAGCAGGAGAUGGUGCUGUCGACGAGUACACCUUAACCGAAAUCCUGGGCAAGGGUGAGGCCGCAGCUAGAUUAUCCAAGCAUUGGAAUUCUUUCAUAACCCUCGGUGAUUUUGCGCAAAUCGCUCAAGCCGGCCUGACUCACGUCCGCAUUCCCAUCGGUUAUUGGGCAGUCGCACCAAUUGAAGGAGAACCCUACGUCGACGGGCAGUUGGAGUACCUCGACCAAGCUGUUUCUUGGGCAGCUGCCAACAAUCUUGAGGUCAUUGUUGACCUACACGGCGCACCUGGCUCGCAGAACGGAUUCGACAAUAGCGGACGCAGGGGACCUAUUCAGUGGCAAAGUGGGGAUACCGUAUAUCAGACCAUCCGUGCCUUUGAGGUUCUUGCUGAACGAUAUCUUCGCGAUGGUUCUGUAGUUACAGCUAUCGAAGCACUCAAUGAGCCUCAUGUUCCUGCUGGUGUCAGUACGGAUGGGCUGAGGGAAUAUUACAACAAUGCCCUUGCGGCAGUUCGCAAAAACAGUUCUGAUGUGACCUUAGUCAUUCAUGACGGGUUCCUGCAAACAGAAAGCUGGAACGGGUUUCUGACCGGCCAAGGGGUCGUCAUGGAUACGCAUCACUACGAAGUUUUCGAGAACAGGCAGCUUGCGAUGAAUAUUGAUGAGCACGUCAACAGCGCAUGCCAGUUCGGGUCGCAACAUCUUCUGGCUGUGGAUAAGCCAGUCAUUGUGGGCGAAUGGACAGGUGCUUUGACUGACUGCACCAAGUACCUCAACGGUAAGGGAGUUGGGGUCCGCUAUGAAGGAACCCUAGCUUCAGCAGCAUUACUUGGCGCCUGUGGAAGCAAAAGCGUCGGCAGUGUAGCUGGACUGAGCGCGGAGGAGAUUGUGAACACCCGUCGUUUCAUCGAAGCUCAGUUGGACGCAUACGAACUGAAAAACGGCUGGGUUUUCUGGACCUGGAAGACUGAGGGAGCUCCUGGCUGGGACAUGCAGGAUCUUAUUGCGAACGGGGUCUUCCCACAGCCCCUGACAGACCGCAAAUACCCCAACCAGUGUGGAUUCUCUGCAUGA